AUGGUGGUUAUUUCUCACGUAGGUGCCCCUGCAGAGUUGGAGGCACUAUUGCUGACCCAUCCUGAGAUAGCUGACGCCGCCGUGAUCCCGUUCCCGGAUAGAGAAGUCGGCCAAUACCCAAUGGCAUACAUUGUAAGGAAGGGUGGGAGCCGCUUGUCCGAGACUGGAGUGAUGGAAUUCGUGGCAAAGCGGGUGGCUCCUUACAAAAGGAUUCGCAAGGUGGCGUUUGUGUCAGCCAUUCCUAAGAAUCCAUCCGGGAAGAUAUUAAGGAAGGAUCUCAUCAAGCUUGCCACUUCCAAGCUUUGAUGG